CCUAGCUGGGUGGUGCCCUCGCGCUAGGCUUGUGCACGUUGGCGACGACUCUUCUGCAUUUCGGAGAAGAUGGCGUCGCAGAGAGGAGUACCUACAAGUAAGCUAUGUCCCAAGUUCCUCCACACAAACUCCACCAGCCACACCUGGCCCUUCAGCGCCAUCGCUGAACUAAUAGACAAUGCCUAUGAUCCUGAUGUCAACGCCAUGCAGUUCUGGAUUGAUAAGACCCAGAUCAAAGGUCAAGACUGCCUCAUCUUCAUGGACAAUGGACAUGGAUUGGACUAUGAAAAGAUGCACAAGAUGCUCAGCUUCGGUUACAGUGAUAAGAAAGUCAUAUGUGGCAAGCACCCGAUUGGUCUCUAUGGUAACGGCUUCAAGUCCGGGUCCAUGCGUCUGGGGCGAGAUGCCAUCGUGUUCUCCAAGUUGCAAGACGGAGACACUAUGCAAGUAGGCAUGCUCUCCCAGAGCUACCUGGGACAGAUCAAAGCAGAUGAGAUCAUUGUGCCCAUCAUCUCCUUCCAAUGUGUCCCACACAGCCAGUUCUGUGUGAAUGAGAAGCACAAGGCUAGUCUGCAGGACAUCCUGCGCUACUCUCUCUUUAAUACGGAGAACGAGCUGCUCGAAGAGCUCGAAGCCAUCAGCUCCACAGGCUUCUCAGGAACACGCAUUAUCGUCUGGAACCUGCGCAGGACGUUAACAGGACCAACAGAAUUUGAUUUCACAACAUCCAGCGACGACAUCAAAAUCCCGUUGGAUGUGUUAGAGAGCACCAGUGAGCAAUACAGACGGUCAGAGUUGCUCACAAAACCAGAGAGUUACUACUCACUACGUGCAUACUGCAGGAUUCUGUACCUGAAGCCCCGGAUGCAGAUCAUCAUUCGAGGGCAGAAAGUGAAGACUGAGCUCAUCUCCAAGAGCCUGGCCUACAUAGCUAAGGACCAUUACAAGCCCAACUUUGUGAACAGCCGCAUCCCCAUCACCUUUGGGUACAACACCAAGAGCAAGGACCAAUACGGCAUCAUGAUGUACCACAAGAACCGCCUUAUCAAAGCCUAUGAGCGAGUUGGCGUUCAACUCAAGGCCAACAUCCAAGGUCUCGGGGUCAUUGGGGUCAUCGAGUGUAACUUUCUGGAGCCCACCCACAACAAGCAGGAUUUUGACAACACUGACAAAUACAGGAAAACCAUCAGCAACUUGGGGGUAAAGCUGGAGGACUACUGGAAAGAGAUACGCUUUAAGAGAAACAAAGAAGAUCCUAACAGCACCGUACCAGUGGAAGACACCAUGAAGCGUCCGGACCAGACCUGGGUGCAGUGUGGCACCUGCCUGCGCUGGAGGAAGCUGCCAGAUGGGAUUGAUUGUAAACGGCUCCCAGAGGAGUGGUUCUGCCACAUGAACCCUGACCCCCAGUUCAGGAGUUGCACGGUAGAGGAAGAGCCUGAAGACUCCAGUGAUGACCAACCUUCAUACCAGAAAACCCACAAGCAACAUGAAAGGAACACCAAAAUGAAGCAACAGAAUGAAGAUGAGCAGAAGAAGGCAGAGCAGAUGAAUGCGCUGGCUCAGAAGAACAAGACUCUGAAGCACCAGAGGAUCUCUCACCUCACAAAAGCAGCCCCGUCAACCCCUCCAGCCCCGUCAACCCCUCCAGCCCCGUCAACCCCUCCAGCCCCGUCAACCCUUACGACCCCUUCAAGAAUGAAGAGAAAACUGGCCAUGACCCCUGAAAGUGAGACAAAAAGACCCAGGGUGAAUGGUUUCUACAACAACACCCCCAUGGAGACUGCAUCACCGGCUGCAGAGACAUCCAUGUCAUCCACGUCAGUCGUCAUCCCUAUUGACGAUGACGUUAUGAUCUUGGAGACCAACAGCACCCCUAUUCAAAAUAAGGCAACCUUUGACCUUGCAACAGUAAAAUCAGAGAGCAGGGCCAUGGAGACACCUUCUGGUACUGGCAACAUUAAGACCAGCUGCACAGGAACAAGCUCUGUGGAGAUGGGAACUGCAGUGACCAACUACUUCCCUCCACCACCUUCCUCAGAGCAGGUGAGCAUCACCACCCAGACAGAGAUACGGAGCAAAGUGAAGUGCGAAGAUGAGGAGGACAAGAAGAAGAGGGAGCAGGAGGAAAAAGGUAGAGACAGAACCGAACCAGGCCCCUCCACACCAAGCCCAUCCUCUGCUGGCCCAUCCACACCAGGCCCAUCCUCUGCUGGCCCAUCCUCUUCUGGCCCAUCUGCCCCAGACCCAUCAGACCGUCCUAUGCUUGACUUCCGUAACCUGUCAGAGGCCCAGGAGCAGCAGGACCAGCUGCUGGAGCUCAUGCAGGCUGCAGCCCACGAGAGGGACCAGUUCAAGGAGCAAGUCAACAAGCUGACCUCCCAGCUCCAUGACCUAGAGGGCAGCAUGCAGAGGCUCUCCCAGGCCACUGUGAAGAGCGAGCACUGCCACCAGGCCUGUCAGACUGAAGAAGGAGAGCAGUCGGAGAGGAUGAAGGUGGAGAUUAUAGAGGAGGAGAGGGGUAACCUCUGGUCCCUUUGUGAGACGCUGCAGCAGGACGUGGUGGAGCUGAGGAGAGAGAAACAAGAGUGGGAGAGAGAGAAACAGGAGAGAGAGGCAGCUCAGGCAGCAGCUGCCCAGGCAGAGAGGGGAGAUGGAGAGGCCACUAGUGCUGCUAAUGGCUCGACCUCGGAGACGCCCCAGAUACUGAGGGAGCUUCGGAAGAGCGUUGGUCGUCUCCUGGUCACGUUUGUCCCAGCGCUGGACCUCGAACAAGUAAACUACGACUGUUCAGUCAUUGACGAGAUCCUCGACCAGGUUCUUACUGACGUGGAGUCCAUGGGGCCUGUGUAGGGGCCUGUGGGCAGGAUAUGGAUGGAGGGGUUGUCAUCCAUCUAACUCUGUAAGGCGAGGCAGACAUGGGGAUGGUCACAGAUAAUUCCUGCCUCUCCUUUUACCUCAGGUUUCUUACACUUUUUAAACUUAUUUUACAAGCGAAAAAGGAAAUGAACACACGACCCCAUAAUGACAAAGUGAAAACAGGUUACAUAAGUAUUCUGACCUUUUGCUAUGAGACUUGAAAUUGAGCU